GUACCAAAGGCAAAAUAUGGUUGACAUGAGAUGACAUUUCUGUCACAAACGGCAUAGUAACAGGACAAAAAGGGAGGAGAAGUUAAGCAAGGGGGCAGACACUCAGGCUAUAUAAUGGGUCCCCGCCCUUGGUCGGCAAGUUUUCUCUGAUCACCACAAGAGUACUGCACGUCUCCGUCAGCACCUGACUUCCGCCAGUUCUUUGCCAUGAUGAAUGUACUUGGAGUCGUUGCCUGCUUCUGUACCCUGGCCCUUACUUCAGGGCAGGGGUUGGGAGCAGGAGCACCUGUUGAUCCAGCUGCUUCAGCAGCCGUUGGCAGCAACCUGCUGGGCACCAACGCUCUUCUAGCCUACACCGCCAUGGACGCCAACCCCCUGCGGUUGGCCAUGUUGCCGUAUCUGCAGAACUUUGGUCCCGUUGCGUCUUCUUACUUCGCCAGGGGCGGCUUCGACAAGUUCUACAAUGCCCUCAUGAGCGACACCAUCAACAACAUGCUCUCGCAGUCCAUGGGUGUCAGUCCGCUUGUCUCCAGUUUUCUCACCAACAACAUCGUGGACACGCCGGAUAAGUACAUCAUGACCAACCUCUUGCUGGGUAACCGCCGACCUGGAGCCGUGGGCGACGCUGGAAGCAACAGCAACAGAUCUCUCCUCUGAGUCUUGCGUUGCUGAGUGGAAUGUCAUAACAACGCACCCAGAGCGCACAACUCUGACAUUGACAAUUUCUUUUCUGAAAUGAGAAAAGAAGUCUGUUUUUGAAGAGAAGCAUGCGAGAGACUUCGACCGACUUCUUUAUUGAGCAAACAUUUUGGUUUGCUUCGAUGGGGAAAUUAUACAUGUAACAAAAACCAACAAUACCUAUAAAAACAUUACCUUUUACAUACUAAUAUUUCCACUUGUCCAUUUUAAUGUUUUUGAUGAAGCAUUCGAGAAAGAGAGAGAGAAAAGGAAAAGAGAGAGCGAGAGCAUGAUAUGAAUUAUUAUUCAUUCAUUUUCUUCAAAAUUAAAAAAGAACUUGAGGUGGAGGAAUUCCGCUUUCUCGGGUUCCGGCAGACAACUAGCAUCAACAAUGCACCUCCGCCAAGUAAAGCGCCGAUAUCAACGUUCUGUACCCGCUUUUGAUUUUAAAAGAUUUUGAACUUUUUUCAUUGACACGAGACAGAUUGUCGUGUGGAUCCAAUGCUUUUGUUUGUAUCAAUGUUUAUCCAAAAUUAUGUUGAUGUUUACUUUGUCAGCUUUCAGGAUUGUUGCACUUAUUCUUCUAUUUGGUUUACCGACAAUACUUUGUAUGUCCCGCCUGCCAUUUACUGGCACAGUGAGAAAAAACAAACAAAACCAAUGACUAGCAGCAACAGAUAUCUCCUUUUUCAUGUGUGUCUUAAUCCAUGUAUAUAUCCUGUAGUUUUUGCUUCUUGUAAUAUUUAAAAUGUUAUCGCAAUUGCAUUUUUAUUAAAAUUAAUUGAAAAUUA